AUGAUGGGGUCCAAGGGCCCAACAGGUCUUCACGGGCCCAUAACGUCUUCUGGUGCUUGUUUCGCAGGAAGGUAUUCCCCGACGUACCGGAGUCCCGAGCCAAUGGCACGCCGAUGUAUGCCCAAUCCGUCGAGCCGAAUACUAGAGGAUGCCUCGAUAAUGUGCAAUUCGUGGUCUCCAAGGCAUAAUGGAGACCUGUUCUCCGGACUAAACGAUGGACUGAUAAGCCGUGCAGAGGCGUUAGCCGCUGUUGAUAUAAAACACCAAGGGACCGGUGGGCCGGGGGGUCUCCCCCAGCUGAAGCAUGACAUGAUGUAUCAUCAUAGCAUGGGGGCACCACCACCUGUAAGCAGGCCACAUCAUCAGAUGGGACACAUGGAUGGUUUAGAAAUGUUAGAUCCAAUAUCAUCGUCAUCAAUGACGACCCUAACACCGAUGUCCGAAACACCUACCCACAUGCACUCCUACGGAAUGAAUCACGUGAUGAACCACCACCACCACGGUGGUCCCCUGUCGGGACACAGUGCCCCAGGUCACCAUCCCGGUCAUCACGGCGGUCAUCCAGGAGCCCAUCACCCGGCGAUGGCGGCUGCUGCGGCGGCAGCUGCCGUCGCCGGACUUCACCCGGAUGCCGACACAGACCCGCGAGAGCUGGAAGCCUUCGCAGAGCGCUUCAAACAAAGAAGGAUUAAGCUUGGCGUGACGCAAGCCGACGUUGGCAAGGCGCUAGCUAACUUGAAACUACCCGGCGUGGGGGCACUGUCCCAGUCGACCAUAUGCAGAUUCGAAUCGUUAACGUUGUCCCACAACAACAUGAUAGCCCUCAAACCGAUCUUACAGGCUUGGCUGGAGGAGGCCGAGGCGCAAGCGAAAAACAAGAGGAGAGACCCCGACGCCCCAAGCGUUCUACCCGCCGGCGAGAAGAAACGAAAAAGGACGUCAAUAGCGGCGCCCGAAAAACGAAGCUUAGAAGCUUACUUCGCGGUGCAACCCAGGCCGUCUGGAGAAAAAAUAGCGGCGAUCGCCGAAAAGUUGGACUUAAAGAAAAACGUUGUUCGCGUUUGGUUUUGUAAUCAGCGACAAAAGCAGAAGCGGAUGAAAUUUGCGGCGCAACACUGA